UUCGAGCCGUGGAACCCGAGCCGUGCAUCACUGCUGCCCAAUAAUGCGCACCAUCAUCGUCCUCUAUUCUGUGUGGUUCAAAAUAUGCCGUUAUCCAACAGCGUAUUUGGCGCCUCUGCUCCGUUGGCAACCCCAUGGUUGGCAAAACCAAAGCUGAGAAAUGAUCGACACCAUCUUCUUCAUACUAAAAGAAUCAUUCCCCAACUUAUAACUUACUCUGUUUCAAGAAAUGGCAGUUCCUCUUCCUCUCUUGAACUCGAUGUGCCAUUUCCCAAUGAUUAUCAGGAGCUUCUUCGACAAUGUUUAUUACCUCUAACAGCCAAAGAAAGCAAAGCAAUUUGGCUAUGUAGACAACAAACAAGAAGAUUGAAUUGCCCAACGCCUGGAAUGAAUGAUCUGUGCCAGUUUUUUCCUGAAGCAAACGAAGUUAAAUUUGCAAGACAAACAGUUUUUGAAGGAUCUUCCCUUAAGCUGGACUAUUUGACAAAACCAUCAUUUUUUGAGGAUUUUGGUUUUGUUGAGAAAGUCAGAAUGAAAGAUCGUGUGAAGCCAGAAGAUGAGUUAUUCCUGGUUGCCUACCCCUAUUUUAAUGUCAAUGAAAUGCUUGUGGUGGAAGAGCUUUACAAAGAAGCUGUUGUGAACACAACACGGAAACUGAUCAUAUUCAAUGGAGAACUUGAUCGUAUAAGAUCUGGCUGUAUCCUUGUAAUGCUAGUUUUUUUAAUCUGCUAGAUUUUAGAUUCUAGUUUAUCUUUUCAAUGCACUUAUAGCCAACCGUUUUGCUCUUUCAUUAAUCUCCAUAAUAGAAAGCCUUGUUUUAAUCACAACUCUAGUCAUAAAUUUUAUUUUACUUCAUUUUAUUUUCUAUAAAAGAGAUUUAUAUUGAGAUGAGUCAUGCGUCUUA